CAGUCUGGCUGGGUAAGUCCAAGCCAACACAAGCAUAAUCUUGAUAAUCAACUUACUUACCUACUACUCACACUGCCUUCUGCUCACUACAUAUAUUUGUGGAUAAGUGACUGCAUCCUUCUUUUUGCCUACUGACCUUUUCAUAUUUGGUUAUGACUUAGAAUUGUUUCCUAAGCGACAAUGUUGCUUCGCCAAAAUUCUACUUUGCAAGAAAUCGCAGGUUGUAUCAACUGUCAUUCCCCAAUAUUAGUUUUCUGUGGCGCAAAUCGGAGGUGAUUAAACUCCUGAAACUUUGGCAAUAUGCCCGGUCUGCCAUGUAAGAUUACAACGACCUUGCUGCUAACGAGGGCACACACUUAUAUAUAACUAUAGCUUCUGUCGAUCUCGACCGAUGUAUAGAAAGUCUCUACAAGAAAAAUCUCCUCGCCGAGUCCGUUAUCGAAGCAAUAUGCGCGAAGACGAAGGAGUUAUUAAUGCAGGAGAGUAAUGUGGUUCAUGUGCUAGCACCCGUCACUGUGGUGGGAGAUAUACAUGGUCAAUUUUUUGAUUUGAUAGAGAUAUUCAAAAUUGGGGGAUUCUGCCCAGAUACAAAUUACUUGUUUCUAGGUAUGCCCCGCAUUCUGACUUCGCACAUAUGUCCGCAAUGCUAAUAUACGGCCAAUUUAAUAGGUGACUAUGUGGACAGAGGCAUGUUCAGCGUCGAAACGAUUUCUCUCCUUGUCUGUCUUAAACUACGAUACCCGCAUCGCGUUCAUUUAAUACGAGGAAAUCAUGAAUCGAGAGGAGUCACUCAGUCGUACGGCUUCUAUACGGAGUGCUCCAGGAAGUAUGGGAAUGCGAAUGUAUGGCAUCACUUUACGGAUAUGUUUGAUUUUCUUACAUUGAGUGUGGUGAUCAAUGAUCAAAUAUUUUGUGUUCAUGGAGGUAUGGUCCUCCGCCAACUUGCUCUACUCCGCUCUAUGCAGCUAGAGAUUCCCUAUUCCGAGAGUCUGCGCCCAUACUGACAUUUAUCUGCAGGUCUCUCUCCCUCGAUACACUCUAUCGACCAAAUAAAAAUCAUAGACCGUUUCCGCGAGAUCCCUCACGAAGGACCCAUGGCCGACCUAGUUUGGUCUGACCCCGACCCAGAGCGCGACGAAUUCUCCCUCUCACCCCGCGGCGCUGGUUACACAUUCGGCGCGCAAGUUGUGAAGAAAUUCCUCGAAGUAAACAAAAUGUCGCACAUAUUACGCGCCCAUCAACUCUGCCAAGAAGGCUAUCAGGUUCUCUAUGACGAUCGGUUAAGUACCGUGUGGAGCGCUCCCAAUUACUGUUACCGAUGCGGGAACAUGGCAAGUGUCCUGGAAGUCAGUGAUACGGGGGAGAGGUUCUUCAACGUAUUUGCGGCCGCGCCAGAAAAUGAUCAGCAUAAAGGUGAAAUGCAGCAAGCAGGGCAGGACAAAACGGCUGAUGGUAGUACGCUGCCAGAUUACUUUCUGUGAUUCAAUUCGGAAGCCGAUCAUAGACACUAAAUCCUGUUUUUUCUUUCGACACGCCACUACUCGAGAUCAUGGAAGGAAUCAUUAAAACUCUUCGGAGAACAGCUAGUCCGGAGAUUUUGAGGAACGGCGAUCCGCUGUAGUGUCAAGCUAUUAUCUUAAAUCCGCCCAGUUUUCAUGCCAAAAAGUUGAUGCGGAAAGUAGUCACGCGAUACUACGCUGCAGGAUUACUUCUAGCUAUAUGCCAAGAAACUGCACUACACGAACUGGGCUGUAAUCAUGAUAUAAUGUAUGCCACUUUACACCUAUGGAUUGUGUUUUUGUAAAAUCACAUUUCAUAGGAAUAGGACAAGAUGGGUCGAUGAGGGCAAAAGCACAAAACCAGUUAUGUGCCUUGAUUUUCUUCAUCCCAUCCAAAAUAAAUCAGA